AUGGGCGAGGAAGCGGACGUCCGCUCGCGCGCCAGCCGCGUCCAACAACUGACGAUGCAGAAGAAUCUCGUGGGUGCAGUCAUUGCCUCGUUGGAGAACCCUCCCGUGAACUCGACCUCGGACCACAUCAAGCAGUCCAACGCGCAAACAGUCUUUGCGGCGCUACAGGCAUGCUCCAAGGCUGACGUGGCUACCGUCGUGCAAGCGUUGACCCCGGACCUUGAAGAUGUGCUCAUGAAGUACCUGUAUCGAGGUCUCGCCGUGCCGCAGAACAAUGCGUCGUUGUUGGAAUGGCAUGGUCAUUUGGUGGCCAAAGCAGGCAACGGCUGCAUCGUGCGUGCCCUCACAGACCGGAAACUCGUGUAA